UGUGUGGUCACUGUGUGUGGCUCCGUCUACCAUGAGCAGGUAGGAAUGUACAUUAUUGUGCUGUGCACAGAUGUUUUUUACCUGUUACAUUGUACUUAGUAGUCUGUGAUCUCUCUCCAGAAGAUGGAUGAGAUAAGAACUGAUGCGGGCAAUGCCGCGGCUCCUUCCGCUGACGUUCCUCCCCCUCUGAAGCAAGGCGAGACAUUCCACGUCUUCAUCAGCUACAGCAGCACCGACUACCAGUGGACGCACUCCCUUAUCCAGCAGCUGGAAGCUCAGGGCCUGCACGUCUGUUACCACGAGCGCGACUUCACGGCCGGGCGUACCAUACUGGAGAACAUGUCCGAGUGCAUCCAGGACAGCCAGAAAGUCCUGCUGGUCCUCAGCUCGGAGUUCGUCAGGAGCCGUUGGUGUCUCCUGGAGGCCAACAUGUCUCUGUUCAGGGACUGCCUGGAGAGGAAGCCCAUCGUCCCCGUGCUUCUGGAGCCGGCCGUCUGCGUCCCGCUUCACCUGUGCCACCUCACCUACCUGGAGGCUCGGGACGCCGACUUUAUGGCCAAGCUGCUGAAGGUGCUCUUCACCCCCAACCGGCAGCUCCAAGGCUCCACGGUGGUUCCCUACCAGCCUCCGUCCAUCUACAACGGGAAGGCCCUGCAGCCUUUAACUGCUGCUAACGUGGAAAGUCUUUACAAGUGGGAUGCGGGGCAGUUCAGUGACAUGGACGUACCGGACCAACUGCGCCUGAUCAUUGAAGACCCAGAGAAGUACAGGAAGGCCAUCGCCAUCAUCAACAGUGUGUCUCCUAAUAAAGUGUGGCUGCGGCCACUCUGGAUCAGGGCUGUGGUCUAUUUUGCCGGCGUGAUAGCCUUUCUGUCAUUCACGGGAACAUUUAUGUACGCAACAGCUUACUCAUUGCCUAAUAUUUUGCCUUUAACCCCCCCAUACUUCCCCAUUGGAGGGUGGGUCGUAAUUAUCAUAUGUUUCUUCCCCGUUCCGAUCGGCUUGCUCAUUCACCUUUCUCUUUGGAAGAACGAUGACGAGAAGCACGUCGUGAGAGAGAUGCAAAAAGCCGCGGGUCAGGCCAAUGCAAUCCUCAUGGAGGAGAAGCUCCUGAUGGGUUGUCGGUCCAAUUCAAUCAUUUAUCUGGCGUAUGUUUCUUUGGACGAUUGCAAAAGGGAGUUCACGGUGACGUUUGAGGAUCCGGCCAGCGCUGAGGAACUCUUUAAAAUAGCUCUCGUCUGGUUCUCCUCAGGGUACGCCUGCUGCCUUGCAAAAAGGCACUUCCCCUUUCCUCAGCCGUGCCCCGGCCCGGGUCACUUGGAGGGAGGAGUGUGUUUUUGCCAGUACGUUUCCCAGCAACUGAGCCGAGGGGAGUGGAAGUGAGUGUACUGCGCACACCGAGACCUUGUGUACACCAUUAGCGGGCCGUGUAUUUUGGCACAGGAGACUUUUCCAUGUUCUUGAGCCGUUCAAAAUGUGUCUUUCCUUUGUUUCUUUUAACCGUGUAUACAACAUACUUUUCCAUAGGAAAGGAUCUGUAAAGACUUAAUUCAUCUCGGUGUUGAUAUU